AUGGAUCUCGGGAUGCCAAUGUACGACGAGCCUAGCCCAGGAUGGGGCUCGUCAGACCCCUCGAGCACCGGAGACAUCAUCCAGGAUGCCAUGAAGAAGGAAAAGCUCGUGAAAGAGGUUACUGCAGCUCAGGAGAACUUGCGAGCGCUGCUCGACAGAGUCCGGAGCGUUCAAGGAGACGUUGACAGGUUCCUGUCCGAGAAUGAGACGUUGCAGAUGUACAUCGACAACCUCACAAUGCAGAUGGCAAAGCGCCGCUGA